UAAAAUUAUACUCAUUGAACAAAAAAAUUGUUGGAACAAUUAAAACAAAAAAUAUUACUUUGCUAAUCCGCGAAAAGAUAACGUGCUAGUUCAUCAGUUCUAACCCGUUAUACUUACUUGCGUAUUUUUACACGCAAUUAAUGUUCCCACCCUCCUACUGCAAAAAUAAAUACGCAAAUAAAUAAUAUGUAUAAAUUGUUGGUGCAAUAAAGAAUAUUUACUUACUUACCCACAGCCAAAAGUACAAAAGUUAUGUACAAACGACUUAGUCAAAUAAACGUAACACUAAUUCAAGAGUUAAUUUUUUGUCUUGAUAGUUAUUUAAUUUCCGUUUCAAGAUGUUUGAAUGGGUGUUUAUUUAGCUACAUACACAUAGAAAGCAAUUAAGCGAGGAGUCGAGGACGUAAGCAACAACUAAAUUGCGUAACUGCAAUUUCGAAAACAAAGCCCAACUGGUACUAUUUUAUUCAACUGAGUCCUUAAAGAUAAAGAGCCAGCCGACAUAUGUUACAAUUUUCAGUGUUGUUAAAAUAUCGAUUAUUAGACUCCGCCACGCGCGAAGCAACAGUUGGUGUUCGUAAACAGGCGCGAACGAACGCGCUACUUUCCCGCGCUGUGUAAACAAUAUUUUUUAAUUAAGUUUUUUAUUCGGAAUGAAUUUACAAAGCAAAGCCAAUAAGUUCGUGUGCCCCAACGAUAGGCAGUUGUCACUGCGCGCCAAACUUCGCACGGGAUGGAGUGCUGCGCGAAGCGAGCCUCCGCUGACAGCGACAGAGCGGGAAGCAAUUGCGGCUGUCGUUCGACGGGCAGAGAAAGUGGACGAGGUGGAGGCACGACGAGUUGGACGACUGGUCGCGCGACUUGAAGGCAUGCGACGGUCAGCCCAAGGCCCUGCGCCGCGAACGUGUCUUGUAUGUGGGGAAACGGCGCGCCUCCUGUCUCCCCUACGAACCUGCUCCAUAUGCCGGCAUUCAGCUUGUCCUAAGUGCGUCAUUGACACUAAUGUCCACAGAUCACCAAUCCGAUCAAGAGAGCAGUAUAUAUGCAACCUCUGCGCGGAAACUCGUGAGAUGUGGAAAAAGUCCGGAGCAUGGUUUUUCAAGUCUCUUCCUAAGUACAUACUUCCGGAGAGGCGGCAAACGGGACAAUAUGCGGACAGUAAACUUGCCAGGUCACUUCAACAGGUAAGGAUGAAGGACGGCGGCAACAGUAGCAACGAAGGCAAGACGGACUCCGAGCCGGGUUCGCCCUUGAGCGUCCAUGCCCCUGCCUUCUCGAGGCAGCCCAGCAACAGUGAGAGUCGCAAGUCGAAUGAAUCACCUCACGAUCCGCAUCACGACUGGAACGAAACUGAUAUCCUGAGUCACGGCGUGAGCGGUCUUAGCCUACACCGCACGGACAGCGUGAACCAACGGCCUCUCGCCUCUCUUAAAAGAACAGGGAGCAAAGGAAGUGCCUACAGCCUCCGUAGCGUUCGAAAAGAGAUACCAAAACCCGAACGACCAACAUCGAUACCGGACGCGGGGUUCGGCACUUUGGAGAUCAAGUUAGCCUAUGAGAAUGCCACAUCGUCCCUAGCCGUUACCGUGCUGAGAGCUAGGGGUCUGAUCGGCAUGGACAUGACUGGGCUAUCUGACCCUUUCUGCAGACUUGAAGUUUUGCCGAUAGAAGGCACAUAUUCUAACCGACUACGAACGAAGACAGUGCACAAAACGAAAAACCCCGAGUUCAACGAGACCCUCCACUUCUUCGGCAUCACGGAGUCGGACCUCGCCACCAAGACCUUGGAGAUAUUUUUGUUUGACGAUGACAGAUACGGUUGCGACGAAAUGGGCUCAGCAACGGUAUCUCUCCGAGAAUGCGCCAAGGCCCCCACGCAGCUACGCCUAGCACUCUCAGGCUCGACUAGCUGUGAACCAACAGGCCCCCGGCUCCUAUUGGCUCUCUGCUAUAGCACAAAGAAGAGAGCGUUGGUCGUGACUGUGUGCAGGGCUGCAGAUUUGCCGGCUCAGGACAGCAACGGAUACUCGGACCCUUUUGUAAAGUUACACCUGGACCCCGAUCCAUAUCACAAGAAGCACAAAACCUCCAUCAAGUGGCGUAACUUGAACCCAGUUUGGAAUGAAGAGAUCCUCUUCGAAACCCGACCCACCGAGUUGUCCCGACAAAAUCUAACCCUGACGGUUUGGGAUAAGGAUUACGGGAAGCCCAACGAUUUCCUUGGGAGCCUGGUGUUGGGUGCUAGUAGUAAAGGAAGAAGACUUAAGCAUUGGAUGGACUGCAUUAAAUUUCCUGAUCAUAGACACGAGCAGUGGCAUGCGUUGACUGAUACUCAACAUCUGUAGACUGUUUCGAGAAUACUGCAAAGAAUCCGUACUUAUUCUUACAACGUAUAUAUACAAAAAAUAACCAGCCAAAAGCCAGCUAAAGCCAGUUCGUUAAGUAGGUAUAUACCUAUUCCACUUGCUUUGUGUGACAUUAUAGGCUUCUAUUAAAUGCUAAAAAAAAGCGAGUUCCGGGUAAAGCACGAUAUUUGUACCUAUAAACUGCUGUAAAAAGGAAUGAAAUAAACGUAUUUGUAUUGUAUUUAUCUAUGAAGUGGAAGUUACCUAUAGGUACCUAAACUUUAAAAGGGCUCAGCUUUUCGGUAUACUUAUGUACCUUCGAUAUAUCAUUUGAUGUAUACAAGUCAUGAGCAAACCGGACUAAUCCCAGUAACGCCUAGUUUUUACUCUGGGUUGGAAGGUCGGAUGGCAGUCGCUUCUAUAAAAACUAGUGCUUACGCCACGCUGAAAGUUGAAACAAAAAAUAACCCCGUGGUUUUCGUAGUCCCAUGCGAAACCACCAACCAAUGUUAAACUUUCAUGAGAAGUUGCUGUACAUAAGUACAUAGUAAACAAAAAAUAGUUCAUAGAAAAUAAUUAUGAUUUUGUAUAUAAGUAAACAUAAGGUAGCAGGUACCUAUUUCAUCAGGCUAAAUUAUUUUUUUAUGUUUCUAAUUGGAUAUCAUUAUAUGUAAUUUUAGUUAGGCCUAUAUAAAUAUCAAUAUAUGUAGAUAGUAGGCAAUUAUUUGAAUGUUGUAUCGUUGUUGAAAUAAAUGGUUCGUAUUUUUGUAUUUAAAUGUGCCAAAGAAACAUUUUAGAAGAGAGGGUGUACGCAUGUUAUAAAAUGAUUGUUAUAUAUAAAUGGACGACUGCCUUUAUACUGUAUACUUACCCAAGUAAUCAUGAAUUGUGAAAUAUAAGGAUUUUAACUGCG